AUGAUGGGCAAACAUCUCUACAAGACCUACUUUAAUCUCAUCAGCAUCGUUGUCAGAGUCUCAGACAGCACGCUAGAGGGCAAGGAGCACGCAGUGCUUGUUAACUCCCAUUUGGACAGCCAAGCCCAGGCGCUGCGGAUGACGCCAUUUCAGUUGGUAUAA